AUGACCGGUUCGGCCAACUACCCUCGUUCUGCUGUGCCGAGUGCUGGACCACAGUCUCGUCCAGCGCUUAUCCCUCUGCCAGGGGUUGCUGUCAAGACCGCCUGCACAUUACAUCAGCGUCCCAACACUACUACGAAGAUGUUUGUCAAUAUAUGUGGGCAUCCCCUGGUCGAGGGGCCUCUAUUGCCUAGUGGAGCAAGAGCUGAUGGACAUCUGGUUGACAAAAUGGGGAUUAGGAAUAUGCAGGUGCCGGUCGAUGUUGGCAGCUUCCGAAGAGUUUUCGACAGAUCUGGGAGUACUUGUGUGGCUAUUGACGUCGUCUUUGCACCCUGGCUAGUCUCCAAACUCGCGGACUGCGUGCCGACGAUUCUGCGUGGAGAGAAGGUCGACGCUACACGGCAGUCCUUGAUUCUGGACCUCGUGAUAGUGGCGCUGAGGAAUGUCCAGAACUAUGCCAAGCCAGUUAAGGAAGUUCAUAUCAAGGGAUGGAAAUUCCUGAACGCAUCUUACAAGUUUCUCGACGAACAAACGAACAAGCCCGUUGAUUUCGUACCAGCGGAUGAGCAGGCCGAAGAUGCCGAAGAGGUAAAGGAAACUCCAGAAGUUGAACACGAGGCGGAUGCCCGAGGAGCUAAGCUCAUCGAGGUUGGUAUCAAUCUGGACUAG